UCCUGUUAACGUUUUCUCCGCCAUAUGGACGACGACCGUCGCAUCUCCGCCGUGAUUUUCGAUUUGGAUGGUACCCUUUUGGACACAGAGCAUGUUACCAAGGAUGUACUGAAGGAAGUUCUUGUUAGAUAUGGGAAAGUGGUGGAUUUGGAUAAGGAAAAGAAGAGGCAUGGGAUGGCACAUCGUGAGUCAACGAUUGCAAUUGUUAAAGACUAUGAUCUUCCAAUUACACCUCAACAAUAUUCGCAAAUCAUCACACCCAUGUAUCAUGAAAAAUGGCUGCAAGCUAAAGCACUUCCUGGUGUCAAUCGCCUCAUUAAGCAUCUCCGUAAGCACGGGGUUCCAUAUGCACUUGCUUCAAACUCCAGAAGGAAGAGUAUAGAAAUCAAAGUCUCUUCCCAAGAAGGUUGGAAAGAGUAUUUUUCAGUAAUUGUUGGAAGUGAGGAAGUUAAAUCAGGGAAGCCCUCUCCAGACAUAUUUCUAGAAACCGCAAAUAAAAUGGGUGUGGAUGCAUCUUGCUGUCUUGUGAUAGAAGAUUCCAUGGUAGGGAUUAGAGCUGGAAAGGCUGCAAAUAUGCAAGUGGUGGCGGUGCCAUCUAUUCAAAGUGAAUCAGAUGAAUAUUUGAUUGCUGAUCAUGUGAUUCAUUCAUUCCUAGAUUUUCAGCCAGAGCUUUGGGCACUCCCACCAUUUGAGGACUGGGUGAUGAAAGCAUUGCCAAUUGAACCAUUUCAUUUCAAGGGAUCAUACGAAAAUGGAUUUCUGCAAGAAAGUUCAGAUAAUGGAGCUUCUGAUCUUGUUGGUCAAGCCUGGGGUGUCUAUUUUGGUUGGGUUGAAGUCGACUCACAGGAGAGACUUAAGAUUGUGGUUGACAUCAGAUGGGACCAUUGCUGUGGCGCAUACAGGAGAAACAUUCAGGCUUGUUUCAUCAAUGGAAGUGAAAGUGAUGGACAAAUCUGUGAUGAGCUAAUGGAAGUAACACUUGUUGGUUACAUCAGGGGAUUUUGUAGCAAGCAAAAUCUAUCAACCGAUGCUCAAAUAGUUGACCAAGACAAGUCGAUUGCAGAAGCUUGUUUGGAUCUACCAGCAUAUCGCCAUCACGACAUCCUUCCUUAGCUUCAAAGAACUUGGUGACCAAAGUUAAAGUUUGUGUUAAUUGUUACAAAUUCACAUAUUGACUCCAAAAAUAUAUUAUAGAUGGUCUUUACAAACCAUUAAUUGUUUUCUUCAUCAUCUAAAUGGAUCAACAUAAUCUCUUUCUUUUCAACAUUUAAGACGGGUUGUUUUUGGCUUAACGGGUUGUUUUUCCAAGUUGAGGGCAGCAAUGUGUUUUCCGUGUCUGAAAUCCAUUGCGUAAAACGUCUCUACCUCCCCAUUGAUUUCAAAUAAAAACAUGUUUUGUCUCCAA